AUGAAUUUGCUUUCUACUUGCAAGAUGUUAUCUCCGCGAGCCUUCCGUUUGAUGACUGUCGGGGCCAUGCUGCUCCUAUCUGGUGGCGUCUUCAUCACUGGUUCAAUUUUGGCCUCUCAGUUCGAAACCAGCUGUACCGACUUUGUGCAGUCCUUUUUUGUUGUAUAUGGAGCAGCUGCGGUCCUAUGGUCCUGUUUCGGUUUGUUCUUCCUUUUGAAGAACCAUCCAUAUUGGUACUUCUCUUACAUGGUACUUCAAGCUCUCCUCUCUUUGGGUCUUCUAGCUACCUUGAUAGCAUUCUGGACGUUGGUGGCUACGACCGAUCAUGGUUUAGAACGUUGGUGGAUGAGGAGAUUUUUGUCCGAGCAUGGAUGGACACCUGUGGUGCAAUGCUUGAUGAGCACUCACUUCUGUAGACAUUUCCCUGACGUUGGUGGUUGUUGCCAGAUGCCAUUUGGUUGUGGCACAGAUAAAAAACUUGAUCCAGAUUGCCAUAGGUGGGCAGGCACAAAUGAGAAACUUUGUUAUACAUGCUUUAGUUGUCGGCGAGCCAUAGCUCAUCGACUGAGGGCUCAUGGGAGGAGCCUGCAGCCUGCCUUUGUGAUACUUAUACUGCUGAUGCUACUUGUGGAGGUUGCAUUGAUAGUAGAGUAUUUGAAGAGAGGAGCACUACCAUCAACCGAUGUGCCGCCCAGAGGGCAUGAGCCACCAGUUGGGGCAGCUGAGGGAGUGCAGGAGCCACCAGUUGGGGCAGUUGUGAGAGGGCAGGAGCCACCAGAUGGGCAUUAG